AUGAUAUCGUUGUCUGUUGUCACGAGAAAACCAAUAUAUCGUAUUCUCUUGAUAUUUAUUAUUGUACCAUUGAUCCUAGUUGCAAUAGUUGUAUUUCGCCAAUCAAAUACACAAAUCUUUCCAUAUAUACAAGUAGUAGAUGGCACAACAGAACAAACUAAUAAUAAUAAUAAUAGUAAUGAAUAUUUUCCUCGUAUUCACCAACCAUUAUCAUCAUCUAUAUUACGUGGCAUUAUAAUUUUUUAUCCACAUGAUCAAGAAAUUAGUUUCGCAUCCGAAUUAUUAUGGCUUUAUCGUUCAUGGAUUGAAAUGAUGAAAAAUGAAUCAUCAUCAUGGCGAACAGAUUUAAUUAUUUAUACAGGCAAUUUUACUUCACAUCUUCAACAACUUGGUUGUAUUUAUAAUCAUAUUCGAAUAGAUAAAUAUGAAUCACCUCAAUGUCGCGUUUUUCCUUAUCAACGUAUACGUUCACGUGAUAUACGAAAUAUCAAUAAGAUAGAUGAUAACCUUUAUCAACAAAUUGAUAUAGAUCGUUCAAUAUUACUUAAAACACAUCUUCAAACAUAUGAAUAUAUAGAUUCAAUUAAUAUUAUUGCUGAAUGUUAUCAGUCAUUUGCUAUGUAUGAUUAUAUUUUACGUACAGAUAUAGAUGUUUUUUUAACACCAUAUUUUGGUCAUUUUAUUCCAUACAAUGACAUAUUCCUUGUUGGUCGUGGUUCUUAUUCAACAGCAUUUAAUACUGGACGUCUGAGACGUAUUGCACAUCAUAUGAAUUGGUUAUAUGCAAAUAUAACUAAUAUUGGAUCAACUUGGUAUGGACCACCACUAGUGGCGUAA